GUUCCAUUUUUCUCCCAAAUGGAUGAUCAAUUACUUGAUGCAAUAUGUGAACGUCUAGUCUCGUCCUUAAGCACAGAAGGCACUUAUAUUGUCCGUGAAGGAGAUCCAGUCGCAGAAAUGUUGUUUAUCAUCAGAGGUAGGCUCGAGAGUUCUACAACGAAUGGUGGUCGGACUGGUUUCUUCAAUUGCAUUACAUUGAGGCCUGGAGAUUUUUGUGGAGAGGAGCUACUCGCUUGGGCUUUGCUUCCGAAAUCAACGAUCAACUUGCCUUCUUCGACCAGAACAGUCAAGGCGCUUGUUGAAGUAGAAGCAUUCGCAUUGAGAGCUGAAGAUCUCAAGUUUGUUGCCAACCAAUUUAGACGCCUUCAUAGCAAGAAGCUCCAGCAUACAUUCCGGUUCUACUCUCACCAUUGGCGCACAUGGGCAGCCUGUUUCAUUCAGGCUGCAUGGAGACGACACAAGCGGAGAACAAUGGCAAAAGAUCUUGCAGCACUGGAAUCAUUUUCUCUGGAUGAGAGUACGGUCGAUGAAACAGAGCAAAAUGAGGAGCAUGAUCAAGGUAACGCUAGCUCAAAUCCGUCCCCAAGAAUAUCACACCUCGGAGUCACAAUAUUGGCUUCAAGAUUUGCUGCUAACACAAGAAGAGGAGCUCAAAAGCUUAAAGAUGUAAGAUUGCCUAAGUUACAGAAACCUGAAGAGCCUGACUUUUCAGCUGAGCCUGAUGACUAGAUU